GAAUGGCGUAUAAACCAUCAGUCGCAAGUCGGUCAACGCAAACGAAAGACACCCAUUCAAUCUUGCCCACAGUCGCUUUUUCGGUUCCUCCGCAACUAUACAAAAGAAUUUUUCGAGUCGAAAAUUACAGUCGAACGUUAUUCAUUGUGAUUUUUUAAAAAGUCAGUUUGGCUCUUUCGUUCGUGUAGCAGUUUAAUAUUUUCAUUAUGUAUUCCGUUGUCGUCUACUCUCUGGUUCAACUCGCAUUCAUCUUGUGUGUACAUUCCGUUCCAUUAACUAACCAAAAACAGGACGGAGCUGGAUCAUCGCCAUGUGCUUUCCCCUCACUGAUUUGCAACGAACCAUCGGCGGCUACCAAUCGUUGUCUUAAAAUCGGCGAGAUUUGCGAUGGAGUGCAAAAUUGCGGUUCCGGACAGGAUGAAGUCAAUUGUGAGAGGAAGGACUAUGUCAUCGAUGGUAGACUGAUUUCUUCUCGUGAAUUGAUCGAAGAUAUUAAUAUUGGAGAUGUCUCUCAAGAAUCUUGUGCAAAGUUCUGCAGUGAAGUGGAUAGUUUCAAGUGCGUAGGCUUCCAGCACAACCUCCAGUCAAACCAGUGCAGGCUCUUGGAUGCUAAAUUCAUCACAAGAUCAGAUAAACCAUCCUUGCGCAGUUUCUGGAUUACAUUCAAGAGGAACCCUGAGAAUUCUACAGUCAUCCCCGAAAUCCCAAUUACACGUCCAAUUGGUGAUGUUUUGGUGAACACAGAAAACGAAGGCAGAGAGUUUGAUGGAUUUGAAGGUGGUUUUGAUGCCAUCAUUGUUGAAGUUGACUGGGAUUCACCUUCCGUUUCAGAGCGAACGAAACGCAGGGCUGCAUUUUCAUCUGACCGCAUGAGAUCGAGUGGUUCUUGCGGUAGACGCAAUGUCAAUUUCGAGCCCCCACGACCUUCAAGCACCCGUUUGGGACGUGUUGUCAAUGGAGUCGAUGCACCCGUAGGAGCCAUCCCGUGGCAGGCUUCCAUUAAGCUCAAGGAUGGCGGCUCACUUCGUCAAUGGUGUGGAGGAGCCAUCAUCUCUGAACGCCUAGUCCUGACAGCUGCCCAUUGUAUCGAUCACUUGCGCAAAACCGAAUUUGUCGUAGUGGUAGGAGACCACGACACCAGCGUUUCCAGCUCUAAAGAGCAAAUCUUUCCAGUUGAAAAUUUCAUCAUCCACUCGAAAUUCAAAUCUACCAAAGGAGGAUUUGACAUCGCCUUGGUGAAAUUGGCCACAGUCAACGGCAAAGGAAUCGUUUUUGGCGAUGUAGCCCAACCCAUCUGCUUGCCCUCAUCAGAUAGCGAUUACAAACCUGGAACAUGGUGCAGCGUCUCCGGCUGGGGGAUGCAAAAACCCGCCAGCGAGGAGAGUGUUUCCAACGUCCUGAAAGUGGCCUCUGUGCCUCUCAUUUCCUCGGAAACGUGUAACAAGAAGGAAGUUUACGGCAACCAACUCAAUUCCAACACUUUCCCCGACGGCAUGCUCUGCGCCGGAUAUUUAGAAGGUGGCACCGACGCCUGCAGAGGCGAUUCCGGAGGACCCCUGGCUUGUUCCGUCAAUGGACAAUUCCAACUGCUCGGUCUCGUCUCCUGGGGCGACGGAUGUGCCGACAAGAAUAAACCUGGUGUCUACACCAAAACGUUGCAUUACCUCAAUUGGAUCCAGGACUCGACUCGUAAACUCUAAACCGGAUAUCAAACAAUUAACGGCCCUUUACACCGUACAACGACACAUCCACCCGAUCAACCAACCCACCUACAAGGAGCAAAGGAUCCAUGAUCUCAUCCGGUCAGCUUUUUUUAUAAGGAAUUCUUGUACAUUUCAUAUAUAGUUCAUUUUCCAGCACAAUCAAAUUUUAUUCGAUUAAGAAUAGCACCUUUUUCAGUAACGCACGAUUAAUCCUAAACAGGUUACUAUCUAAUUAUCUAUUAUCUAUAUAUAUAAUUAUAAAUAUUUGUGUAUAUUAUGUAUAUUUAUUUACUAAAAAGGGAUCUCUGAAUUGUUUUUGAAAGAAAGAUAACCGACAAACGUAAAUAUCUGGCCUCCAAGUUUUCUAAUGAAUUCUCGUUAGACUUUAGUACAUAAAUCGAUAACGUGUGUGUUCAAUCGUUCUAGUUUUUGGUCUGUACAGCUCCCGUUUUAAUUGUGGAUAUUGCAACAUAUAAUUUUGGAAAGUUUAAAUGAAUACAUUAUUAUUAUGCGAGCAAA